AUGAUUAUUACGCAGGUCGCUCGAAAGAAACUUGUCGUUGUCGGGGACGGCGGUUGUGGCAAAACCAGUCUUCUCGUUGUAUAUCAAAAGGGUGCUUUUCCAGAGCGAUACGUUCCAACGGUGUUUGAAAAUUAUAUAGCCAAUGUUCAGUUGGACAAUGGCAAAGUGGUGGAAUUGGCGUUAUGGGAUACAGCCGGCCAAGAAGAUUACGACCGAUUGCGCCCUUUGUCGUAUCCAGAAACCGAUGUGGUGCUCAUCUGCUUUGCUAUUGAUCAGCCUACCUCAUUUUCCAAUGUUCAGGAUAGAUGGUUGCCAGAAGUCACCCAUUUUUGUGAGAAUAUACCAAAACUUUUAGUGGGCAUGAAAAUCGAUUUGAGGGAGAAUCAGAACCGUAUUGCGCAGCUGAACGCCAUGGGACAUCGUUUAAUUACGGCAGAAGAGGGCGAAAGACUAGCUAGAGAGAUUGGCGCCAAGUAUUAUGAGUGUAGUGCCAAACUAAACCGUUAUGUGGAUGAUGUGAUUAUAGCCGCUACCAAAUCUGCCAUGUCUGGAGGUAUUUUACGGCUUCAUAAAAAGCUGUGCAAGAUUCUGUAA